AUGGCGAUGAUAAAGAGAUGCCUUUGCAGAUCCGAGGAAGACAUCAAAGGACUUUUAAGGACGAAAAGUAUCCAGUUUUUCUCCUACAAACAGAUCAAAAGAGCAACGAACAAUUUCGAACGCACUAAUAAGCUAGGCAGAGGCGGUUUUGGAACUGUAUACAAGGGUAUCUUUGUAGAUGGCACUGCAUUUGCGGCAAAGGUUCUUUCUUCUGAAUCCAAACAAGGGAUAGAGGAAUUCCUAACUGAAAUCGAGAGCCUCACUGAAGCUAAGCAUGCAAACCUUGUCAGGUUGCUGGGCUGCUGUGUCCAGAAGCAAAACAGGGUCCUUGUCUAUGAAUACGCCGAGAACAACAGCCUCGAUCACGCACUGAAAGGUGAUGGAGCAGCAAAUCUCCCAUGGAGCGUAAGGUCGGACAUCUGUAUAGGCACGGCCAGGGGGCUGAGCUUCCUCCACGAAGAGCACGAGCCAAGCAUCGUGCACAGAGACAUCAAAGCUAGCAACGUUCUUCUAGACAGAAAUUUCGUCCCGAAAAUUGCAGACUUCGGCUUGGCCAAGCUAUUCCCAGAUAACAUCACUCAUAUCAGCACACGCGUGGUCGGAACGACUGGCUACCUGGCGCCUGAGUACUUUGUGCACGGGCAGCUGACGAAGAAGGCCGACGUGUACAGCUUCGGGGUCCUCGUUCUCGAGAUCAUCAGCGGGCAGAGGGUCCCCCAAACAAUCGGCCCGUCAGACACGUUCCUCGUCCGGCAGGCAUGGCUGCUGUACCAAGAGGACAGGCUGCUGGAGAUGGUGGACGCGAGCAUCAAGGACGACUGCCCGGAGGCGGAGGUGCUCAGGUACGCCAAGGUAGGCCUGGCGUGCACGCAGGCGGCGCCGGCCGGCCGGCCGACGAUGAGCCAGGUGGUGAAGAUGCUGUCAUGGCCCGACACGUUCUGGAAGCUGGAGACGCGGCCCACUGAUCAUUUGGGCUGCGCGGAAGCGGAACCAGUCUGUCCUGGCGUGAGCUUGUCAGCUGGUUCGUUGAGGGCGAGAUGGCCGACGGCAGCAAUUCCUACCACUAGCAGUGCAAAUUCUGGCUCGGUCACUUGCAGCGAAAUUGUUCCCAGGUAGGCGUACCGCGUACGCGCAAGUAGCUACGUGCUCGAUCAGCAAUACGAAAUUCGUACUGUUGCGAGUUGGUAAGAUCAUAGGAGUAUUGCAUUGCUGACAAUUGACAAACAACUGUAUGAUUUGUGUGCGAAAUGACCGUCUGUAGGUUUCAACGCAACCAGACAAGUUAGCGGCUUUUCAUUGCAGAUCGAGGGACGUUGAUAUUUAGACCUAAGAGCAUUUCUACCAGAUCUUGUAUACCGGCGAACAUACCUUUUGGUGUCGGGAAGAACAAAUGCUGAAAACCCAAUCCGCAAACUUGAAAAUGGAUAACGAGAACGAUUCACGCGUCGAUUCUCAUAACAAGCAUCCAAGUUCAUACAUAUAAACUUCAUAAUUAACACAUGAUCUAAAUACGAUUAUAAGCAGUUCGCACAUGCUUCGAACUACAGUUAAUACAUCCUAAUAUUACGAGGAGUGGUUCAUCGACAAAACCAAAAUUGCUCCUCCGUGGGAGGUGGGAGGCUUCUCGCCGCCGCCCGGCCUACUCGAAAUCGGAGUAGAGGCAGUACACCUGCAUCUCCGUCUCGUGCUCCCACGUCAUCCUCUGACCGGCAGAGGGCGGUGGACAAGUCGGCGGCAUACUUGUCGCCAGCGGCGCUCCUCAUCUUCCUUCGUGGUCUUGAUGGAAUCGGCGACCGCAUUGUUGUAGAAGGUGUCCUCGUCCUUCUCGACGGCCUCCAUGGCGAGACGGUGCGGUGGCAGAUCCCGAAGAGGGGGCUCCCGCCACGUCCUCCCGGCGGGAGCUCCCCGCCUCGUUGAUUUGGGCAGCGACCUCCACUUGUCAGGCUAGGGUUUCCGGCAAGCAGGAGGCGAGGCCUGCCCAAUUGCUUUGGUGGCGGGCCCCGCGCUUGCCGCCGCCUCGGAGCGGACACGGGCGGGCUUUCGCGGCCUUCGGACGAACCCGUCAGUCUGCCAUGACGCACCCCGAGCCUAAGCUGGAGUUCACAGGAUACUCCAUUUUUGGGGAGAUGGGCAAAGGGGAGGCGGAGGGAAGAUAGAGUUUUUUGGCGGCGGAGGGGGAGGCAGAGGGUUUCAAAUUUGAUACCGAAACCGUCCCCUCAGAGCCGUAGAUAUAUGUGGCUCAGGAGGGGCUUCAGCGCCCCAAACUUUUUUUUUCGAGCCAGUCCAAUCCGUAGUAUCUAUUCGGAUCUUGUUUUGGCCAAAUCCGUAAACCGAGUUCGAUCGCCCAUAUACGGGAUCUGCUAGAAAUGCUCUGACACAACCUCUCUAAUAAAUCCCGUAAAUUUCUCACGCUCAGUUCAUGUAUGGCUUGGAUGCCAGGCUCUUUUUUGGUGGGCGAGUUGAUGACCGGUUUAGUUAUUUUUGCCUGUCGGGCACCGAUGGCCGUUCAUCGCCUCCGUACUCCCUUAUUGGGCGGCUGAUAUGUGUGCGCGUGUU